AUUGUAAAUCACUCCGGGAAAAGAACACAAGCCGUACAUCUACAUUCUGAACAAACGUUUUGUUUUAAACAUCAGCAAUGAGUAAAGACUAGAUGAGCGGUAUCAUUUAUCUCACGAUUUGACACGGAUACAGUCGUCAAUGAGAAGUGACACAGUGUUUGUGUGAUUGUGAGAGUCCAGUCUGAUGGUCAGGGAUGUGCCAUGGCAUCGGUUCGGGUGGCAGUACGGCUCCGGCCCAUGAACAGACGGGAGAAAGACCUGUCUGCCAAGUGCAUCAUCGAAAUGGAGGGAAACAAGACAACUGUCACGAACUCGAAAUUACCAGAUGGUGUGACUGGAGAUUCUGUAAGAGAGAGAACGAAGACGUUCACAUACGAUUUCUCCUACGACUCAUCGGACUCUAAAAAUGCCAACUUUGUCUCGCAGGAGAGGGUGUUUAAGGAUCUGGGCACUGAUGUUUUGAAGGCAGCUUUUGAAGGAUAUAACGCCUGCGUCUUUGCCUAUGGCCAGACCGGGUCGGGGAAGUCACACACAAUGAUGGGCAUGCCUGGUGAUGUCGGGCUGAUUCCACGAAUCUGUGAAGGAUUAUUCAGUCGGAUUUUAGGCAUGACUCGCAGAGAUGAGGCUUCUUUUCGCACUGAGGUCAGUUAUCUGGAGAUUUACAAUGAACGAGUCCGGGACUUGUUAAGGAGAAAGAUGGCAAAGACGUAUAACCUAAGAGUGAGAGAGCAUCCAAAAGAUGGGCCAUAUGUCGAAGACCUUUCGAAGCACCUUGUCCAGAACUACAGUGACGUGGAAGAGCUGAUGGAGGCGGGCAACAUCAACCGUACCACGGCUAGCACGGGCAUGAACGAUGCCAGCAGCCGCUCGCACGCCAUCUUUACCAUUAACUUUACACAGGCUAAAUUUGACGCUGAAAUGCCAAGCGAGACAGUCAGUAAGAUUCAUCUAGUUGACCUGGCAGGAAGUGAGAGAGCUGACGCCACAGGGGCCACUGGCGUUCGACUCAAAGAGGGCGGCAAUAUCAACAAAUCACUGGUCACUCUGGGCAAUGUCAUCUCGGCCUUAGCUGAUCUGUCACAGGAAGGAUUAAACAGUCAUUUGAAGAAGAAGCAGGUGUUUGUCCCAUACAGAGACUCUGUGCUCACCUGGCUCCUAAAAGACAGUCUCGGAGGAAACUCCAAAACCAUUAUGAUUGCAACUAUUUCGCCUGCAGACGUGAACUACGGCGAGACGCUGAGCACAUUGCGCUACGCUAACCGCGCCAAAAACAUCAUCAACAAACCCACGAUUAACGAAGACUCCAACGUGAGACUCAUCCGAGAGCUCCGAGCCGAGAUCGCUCGACUUAAAGCUCUGCUUGCUCAGGGAAACCAGAUUGCACUACUUGAUUCGCCCACAGCAUUAAGUAUGGAAGAAGAACUACACCAUAAUGAAGCCAGGGUUUUAGAGCUUACAAAGGAGUGGACGAACAAGUGGAAUGAAACUCAAAACAUCCUGAAGGAAGAGACUCUGGCUCUGAGGAAGGAGGGAAUCGGAGUGAUCCUAGACUCUGAACUUCCUCAUCUCAUCGGGAUUGAUGAUGACCUGCUGAGUACCGGCAUCAUUCUCUAUCAUUUAAAGGAGGGCAGGACAUAUGUUGGUCGUGAUGAUGCUACUACUGAGCAGGACAUUAUUCUUCAUGGUUUGGGUCUGGAGAGUGAACACUGUUUGAUAGAGAAUCAGACUGGACGAGUGACUCUUAUCCCUCUGAAUGAUGCUCAGUGUUCAGUCAAUGGAGUUCAGGUCACAGAGCCCUGCCAGCUCAACCAAGGAGCUGUUAUUCUGCUUGGCAGAACCAAUAUGUUCAGAUUUAACCAUCCCAAAGAAGCAGCAAAAUUAAGAGAGAAACGAAAGAGCGGCCUUCUGACUACUGGUCUGAGUUUAUCCAUGAGCGAUCUGUCCAAAUCCUGUGAAAACCUCUCCACGGUCAUGCUGUAUAACCCUGGUCUCUUCACUGAAAAGGGACCCGUCUUUCUCAGACUGGAGUUUGAGAGGCAACAAAGGGAAGAACUGGAAAAACUUGAAACUAAAAGGCGGCUAAUAAAGGAGAUGGAAGAAAAGCAGAAGAGUGAAAAGGCGGAGCUCGAGCGCAUGCAACAGGAAGUGGAGUCUCAAAGGAAAGAGUCCCAGCAGGUACAGCUGCGCAUACGCAGACAGGAGGAGAGUCUGCGCAGACGCAGUCAGGAUAUCGAAAGCCGCCUCAGAGACCUGAUUGCUGAGAAAGAGCGAUUCCAGGAGGAAAGACACAGGGACCAGAAGGAGCAGCAGGAGGAGAAACAGAGGAGACAUCAGCAGAAACAGCUGGAGGAGAAGGUGCACGAAGAGGAUCUGGAGAAAGCGAAGGCUCAGGCCCAGCGGGAGCGAGCAGAACAAACCGAACUCUUUCGUGAACUGGAGCGCCUUAAAAGAGAGCGAGAGGAGCAGGCUGUCAAAUUACAAAUAGAGCACAGACGUCUGGAAGAGCGAGAGAAGGAGCAGCUGAGCCUGGUCGGGCGUCUGGAGGAGCAGCUAAGGGAGCGCAGCGAGGAGGCGGCAUCCCUGCUCACUCCGGAUGACGUCCAUCGUCUGGAGCAAGAGAGACGGACACUUGCCGAGCUGAGGGAGGAGCUACUCCGAGCAAAGGAGGCACGGAUUGACGGAGAGGAAGAGGGAGGGGAGGAGGCGCGGAGGAGCGCGCAGGAGCGGUAUGAGCAGUUCAAGAAGGCCCAGGUGGAGGAGCUGGGUUUGCUGGAGGAGUCACUGAUUCAGCAAAGGGACAGACUGGAGAGAGAGGUGGCCAGUGAACAGAAGUCACUCAGUCUACUGCUUCAUACACACCGGGGGAAACAGAUACAGGUUCACGACAUGAUGGAGCGUGGCUUGCAGGACGUCUCGUCUCUGAGUCAGGAGGAGGUUCUCAUCCAGCAGACAGAACACAAGCUUCAGUUUAAAGAGAGACAGCUGCUCUCUCUGCGUGAGAAACAUCUUCCUGCCGUGUCUGAAGAGCGACAGAGAGCCAGCGAGCUGCUGGAGAGGGUGAGAGGAGGAAGAGGGUCUCCAGGGGCAGAUGGAAGUCCAGAGGAAAUGGACAAAGUGCUGGAUGAGACGCUUUAUCAGGUAGAGAAGGAGCUGGAGGAGAAGGAGGAACGUUUGUCUCAGUACACCGCGAGCGCCGAGCAGUUGCAGCAGCUCCAGCAAUCGUACGAAUUCACGGCCAACGUGGCCCGUCAGGAGGAGAAAGUUCGGCGGAAGGAAAAGGAGAUCCUGGAGUGGAAGGAGAAACAGCACCGGGAAGCGCUAGAGCAAGCCGUCGUUCGAUUGGAGAAAAGGCACUCGGCCUACCGCAGGAGCCUCAGCCUCGAACCUGAAGCCAAAGGACCCCGCAGGAGGUCCCAAUCUGAACUGAGUCAAAGCACUUUCAAGUCGACAGGAACACAAGACCUGGACCAGGAGAGGUGUGUUGUUGCUUUUUGGAUGGAGAGAGAGAUCGCUCAGCUGAAGCAGAGGAUCAGCGAAAGUGAAGUAAGUGGGCGGAGUCUAAGCGUAAGCAGCGAGGAGAAAAAUGUGAACCAGUCGCCCAUCAGCCCCAUACAGACCCUCCCCUCUGUACUGUCAAUAGGGGACGAGAGGAUAAACGUGUAUAUUGAAGAAGAGGUCCAGCGGAGACUGCAGAAUCGAAACCUGUUUAACAGAGAGAAUAACAACACUCUCUCACUAUCCUCAGACUUACAGGACAAUAAUAAAAAACAAAAUGAUGCACGCAAACUGAAAUACGAGCGGCUGAUGUCCAUACCUCUUGAUCCGAGUCCAGAUAGUCUUAAAGAUCCGGUAAAAAUCAGCAUCCCACGUUACGUCAUGUGCGGACAGGGCAAAGAUGAGCACUUUGAAUUUGAAAUUAAGAUCACCGUUUUGGAAGAAACAUGGACAGUGUUUAGAAGAUACAGUCGCUUUCGGGAGAUGCACAAAUCUCUAAAAUCGAAAUAUCCAGAGCUUGCAUCUUUGGAUUUUCCUCCCAAAAAGAUUUUUGGAAACAAAGACGAGAGAAUGAUCGCAGAACGACGAAAUCAGUUAGAGCAAUACCUGCGCAAUUUUUUCUAUGUGAUGAUGUCGUCGUCGUCGUCUCCUCUCAAGACGGACGAAUCUGGACCACAAGUCUCAAAACAUGCAAUCUGCAGCAUCUCUCCUUUCUUUAAGAAGGGGGUCUUUGACUACAGCAGUCACGGCACGGGCUGACACGCGUCUCAUACGGACCCGAUACAAACUCCAAUAAAACGCGCACACUCGGAUUUAAAUGAACGUAGCUCUCUGAUUUUGCACACAACAGGUUUACUCACAGAUGGGUUAAUCUUAUGCAACGCAGAUUACCCCAAAAUCAAAAGAAAUGUUUUGCAUAAAGAAAAUUAGGUAUGCAUUUGUUUUGUUAUUUAUGCAAUAUGGUAGUAUACUUUUUUUCUUUGAUUUCGGGGUUAAUUUUCAUCCUGGAUGAUGAAGUUGUUUAUCUAUCGUUCAUGAGCUCUCACUCAGGAAAGCAUAACAUUAGUCAGAGCAGAAGAGGUAGAAAGACAUGUAUUAUAACUUGAAAAAGAUGGGGAGGAGGAAAAGCCGGAAAUAAGUGAAAAGGUUUCAAGCAACUGAGCUUUAAUUUGCUUCUAAAAAAGAAAUGUGAAUGAGACUGUUGCCAUAACCUGCUCAAAAACUAAAAAAAAGGAUAUUGAGGACCAUGGAUCAUGUUACAUUGAAGUCAUGUACCUGCUAUUAGUUUUGUAGUUUCCUUUUCUCUGGAUUCAAACCCCUAUGGUUUGAUAAAGUUAGGUUGUAUAUUCAGGCCUGUUAUUAGUCUGAAUACAUAUUAUAAAAUACUCAUGGUUGUAGAAAUAGUUCACAAAAAAUUGUAAAAAAUUAUCGUAAUCUACUUUCUUCUCCUUUCAAAACUUUACUUUCUUUGUCCAUUGAAACCAAAAGAUUUAAUAACAAUAGUAUCAAUGUGUUUAAAAACACGGCGUACAGGUUAUAACAUGGGUAACAUUUUAAAAAUUGGGUAAAUAUCAUUAAACUCUUCUAGCGUUGUACUUUAUAAACUACUAAGAGGUCAAAGCUCACAGGGAUGAACUCUGAGCGGACGUCUUUAAAAGAAAUGAUUUUGUUUCAGAUUUCACUACUAUAUAAUUGACUUUUACUCCGUCUAGACACACAUGAUAAAGCUUUUAAUGUAGAUUAUGCUUUAAUAACAGGUCAACUUGAUAUUGUAAAAAAUAAUGUUGUUGAACACUAUAAAGCCAUACUGUAUGUAUAUGCAAAUGUAUGUAAAUGAAUAGCAUUUGUAGCACUAUAGAUAUACACUAAAAUGAAUGUUUAUUUUUAUUAUUCGACUUGGGAUGGAAAGUUAGAUGUAUACAUUCUUAAAAGAUUUCAAUGUCAUUUUCAUUUCAUUUUUUAUUUUUUUUCUGGAACUGAAUGUAAUUUGUUGGGAAACUGCUGAUUCGUAUCAUUUUUUUUGUGUGUGUGUAACACAAACUGUUUAGCAUCAUACUGUAUUCAGUUUAUUUAUAUUCAAAAAGAUUUGUCAAACAAACAUUUGAUAAAACAAUUAUCCUGUACAUUGAAGUAAAGCAGAUUCAAACAUGA